GAAAAUUCCGAACUUUCAAUACGUAUUCAGUGGCGUAACUAUUCAGUAUGGCUAAACCUAAAUCAAUCGCGUUUGCGAUUUUCGUAAUCGGCUGUUUGACGACUCAAGCCUCGUGCAGAACUUUUGAAGCUGAUCAACAACGCGAUCCGGCGGAAAACGAUGAUGCAUUCGCAAAACCGAUAACUCAGAAAAGUGUAAAUCCAUCAGAAAACACCACAGCAGAGAACUCAGAAGGUGAAGAUGAAAGUGAAAAAGGACUAAAAAGUGCAGACAAUACUUCGUCGGUUUUGACUUGCUUGCUGUUCGAAACCGGUUUCGCAUGCGAUAGAACAUGCUCGUUGGCUGGAUUGAUCUACGGUCAACCAAUCACUUCAGGAAUCUGUGAUGAUAACAACGCGUGCAAAUGUAGCAUUUCAUCGACCGAAUCUUUAGAAAACUUGUGGCGUAAAAAGUUCGACUCGGAAAACGUGCUUCGAGAAAUUCGCAAAAACAAAACUCUUUCUAAGAAAAUUCUCGAUGCGCUAAAAACACCUUUCAGAACGCCUCAACAAACCGUAUCCGAUCUGAAGCCACUUUUGAAUACGAAACAAUUCAAAAGUCUUCGUAUCAAAGACAAAGAAGCCCAGAAGUUACUCGAAGCUGAUGGCAAAUUCGACCGCAGCGCUGUUGAAAAAUACGUCGCGAAGAAAAUAAAACCUGUAAAAACUACCAAAGAGCAGAAUUUCAAGAAAACCUUGAAGCACGUGUUACGUUACUCUGAUGAAAGUGUCUUCGAUCGUAUCCACGAUGAAAUUCGUCUAUCGAAAAAUGAACUUUUGAACGAAACUCUCGACGAGUACAUGAAGAAAAAUAAUAUUCAAAGGUCUCCUCUCGAUAAUGCGGAACAUAAAGAAAGUUUGAUCGAUAUUCUGAAUGCGAUUGUGGUUGAUGUAUUGAUUAAACCAUCCCCCAAAGCACCAACUACUCGACGUGAUUCCGCUUCGGAUAAAAAGUCAUCUAAUGCUGAGCCAAAUAAACCCGACGUUUUGGCCCAUCAAUCUGUGGGAUUGAGUGACGAUUGGUGGAUACUUCACGGCUUCGAUAAAAUAGCCGCCUUUGCGCUUGAAAAAGGAAAAAAAUGUUGGAACGCUGAAGGUUACUACUCGGUUUGUUUAAACAAACAUGGCAAUAAACAUUUGUUGUCGUGGCGUAAUGAAAAAGAUAACGUUGCGAUUGAAAUAAAAAUUUCGAACAAAAAAGAAAUCAAGCAAGUCUGGUCAUUCCCGAAGAUCGUCGUUGAAAUAAAUCGAAAUUCGGACGGAACAAUAGACCAGGAAUGGAAAUUCGAGGAUUCCACAGAAGUUAUCAAAGAUUCCAAAGGAAAAAAUCACCAGACCACUUGGUAUGGUGCAGAAAAUCAAGAGGCUGUUGAGAAAUAUAAACAGCUGAUCAAUAUUUGGUGUGCUGAGAACAAUUACUUGUCAGGUGGUGAAAGAAAUUGUGUUAUUUAUUAAAUUGAAAAUAAUUAUCUGACGUGCAGUGUUUGUGGGAAAAUAUAAAUUUAAUUGAUGCAUUGAA